UUCAAGUUACUAUAGUGGUGUGUGUCUGACAUGGCGAUACCCUGUCAAAUGUUCCAGCAAAUGAGCCAACUCCGAUGAUCAACGACCAAAGAAAAGACCUUUUUGGAUGACAAAUUAUAAGUAGCGGAUCUCAAGCCUAUGCUCGAGGCUUUUCUUCUUGAUCCACUCUUCAUCUUCAUCAAGUUUCCAUUUCAUUACUAUUUGUUCAAUCAUUCUUCAAUCUGCAAAUGCAGUCCAUUUCCAAUUGUUCUUCUGGUUACUAACAGCAUCUUUCACCACCACCCUUUUGAUCUCCAGUACUUCAUUUUGUUGAUUCCACCAGCCUUCUGCUAUUAGAGAAGUACAGUCAGCGGGAACAUCUAUUGAAUGGUUUUACAAGUUCCCCUUGAUCUUUGAAGAGUAUGACAAUUUGCUUCUUGGGAGAUUAAGGUAUUUCGAUAAUGAGUUGAUACUUUGAGGAUUAUGGAGCACCUGCCUGUUGAGGUCAUUGGUAACAUACUGUCCCGGCUCAGUGCUGCACGAGAUGUGGUGGUAGCCUCCACAACAUGUCAGAAAUGGCGAGAAGCUUGCUGCAAACACCUUCACACGCUUUCAUUCAAUUCCAAUGAUUGGCCUGUGUAUCGGGAUUUAACAACUAGUCAAUUGGAAAUCUUAAUAACGCAAACAAUUUUUCAAACUACUGGAUUACAAGGUCUAUCAAUCUUAAUGGAUGAUGUUGAAGAAUUCUUGGGUUCCACUGUUAUUGCAUGGCUCAUGUACACCAGAGAAACGCUUCAGCAAUUGUUUUAUAAUGUUCAGACUGCUCCAAAUGUGAACAUUCUAGAAAUUUGUGGGAGGCAAAAGUUGGAAAUGUUGGUCUUGGGCCAUAAUUCUAUCACAGGAGUUGAACCCAAAUUUCAGAGAUUUCCUUGUUUGAAAUCUCUUUCUUUGAGUUACGUUAGUAUUUCAGCAUUGGAUCUGAGCCUUUUGCUAAGUGCAUGCCCAAAGAUUGAAACCUUAGAACUUGUCAGCCCAGAGAUAGCAAUGUCAGAUGCACAAGUGACUUUUGAGCUGAGCAGUCCAACAUUAAAGAGCAUUUAUGCAGAAAGAAUCAGUUUGGAAAAGUUUAUAUUGGAGGCUGAUAGCAUUCAGCGUUUGCACAUGAAAGCUUGUGCUGUUGAGGUCUUUGAACUCAUUGGAAAGGGGACCUUGAAGCAUUUCAAGAUUGAUGAUGUUAGUGUCUUUCAUCUUGAUAUCGGUGAUACUGUUGAAAACCUUGAGAUUGUAGAUAUUAGCAAUUUUACAAUUAUAUGGCCAAAAUUUUACCAGAUGAUCUCGAGAUCAUCAAAAUUGAGGAGGCUUCGGCUAUGGGAUGUGAUUUUUUAUGAUGAGGAUGAGAUUGUGGAUUUAGAAACGAUUGCUGUCUGUUUCCCACAGCUGAGUCAUUUGUCAUUGAGUUAUGAUUUAAGAGAUGGAGUGCUUCACUAUGGUUUGCAAGGAUCUUCUCAUCUGGAGAAUGUUACUUUCUUGGAGCUUGGGUGGACUCUAAUCAAUGAUCUCUUCAUACAUUGGGUUGAAGGGCUGUUGAAACGAUGCCCAAGUCUUAAGAAAUUGGUUAUUCAUGGGGUUGUUUCAGAAGCCAAAACCCAUGAAGAAUGCCAAACAUUAGCAAAUUUCACCUCAUCCAUCGUCCAGUUCAUGAGACAAUACAUGUAUGUAGAGGUGCAGUUUGAGUAUGAGUAGAAACAUUGCAACAAAUAUGUGAAAUUCCAGUUUUGUUCAAUUGUAAA